GCAGUCGAUCUUUACAUUGCAAGUUGUUCCGUAGCAAAAAUAGUGAUGAUAAAAUUAAGAAAACUUUAAAUCAAUUUUAUCAUUUCGAAUGACAAUCAGACAAAAAAUUCGUCCGUUUGGUUGUUAUCGCAGUAAUUAUUUAGUGAAAGUGAUAAAUAAUAGUUAAUGAAUUGUGUUCGUUUGACGGUAGUUCUUGUCUGGAAAAACAAACAGAAGUUUGUCUAUUUUGCGAAAAAGAAAAGAAACGAAACACUUUUUUUUAGUGUCAGCUGAUGAUUCUCGCAUAAAAUGCGUUUUCUGCAAUGACGUGUUGAAAUUACAAUUAUUAUACAAGCAAAUUAUGAUACAUAAAGGAUUAAGUGUGUGGUUUUUUAGGAAAUAACAACGUGAAAUAUUUUGAUUGAAACGGAAACUGUUGUGUUGCUACUGUUGAAUUAUGUUCGAUGGAGAUACUUGAAGGGGAAUUUCAGAAAUAAAAGGUCAUCACUUUCGUCAUUCUGCUGUGAAUCGAAUAAUAAAAAAGAACCGCAAAAAUGGAUUCGUCUGGAGUGAUGAUUGAAGAACAAAAGCUUAUGGCAGAACCGAAAUACCGUGUUUAUAUGUCAAACAUAGAUAAGGCACUUAAGAACUUCGAGUAUUCCAGCGAAUGGGCUGAUUUAAUUUCGGCUCUGGGAAAACUAAAUAAGGCAAUAUCGGGAAAUACACAAUACCACGUUAUACCUAGGCGAAUAAAAAUAUCGAAACGAUUAGCACAAUGCAUGCAUCCCGCUUUACCGUCUGGUGUACACUUAAAGGCACUCGACACAUACGAUGUGAUAUUCAGUAAAACAGGACCAGAACGAUUAGCGACAGAGUUAUUUAUUUACAGUUCUGGUCUCUUCCCGUUACUCGGCUAUGCAGCAAUGAAUGUUCGGCCUUCGCUUUUAAAGAUUUACGAAACAUACUUUGUUCCAUUAGGUGAUAAAUUGCGUCCGGCGCUGAGCGGAUUCUUAAGUGGAGUUAUUCCCGGCUACGAGUCAGGUCUGGAUCAUUUCGAAAGAACCAAUUCGUUGCUCAGUCAGGUUUGUUCUGCCGUAAAUCCUGCCUACUUUUACACAUGCCUUUGGGAGUGCGUGGCUACCAAUGCUUCGAUUCGGUUACCUGCUAUUUCGUAUUUGCUAGAUCAUUUUAACAAACGGGUCGGUAUGCAAGAGCAAAUGAGUAUUAUGGGGCGAAAUCAUGACGUACUUAUGUCUGGUCUUGUGGCCUGUUUGAAUGACCCCGUCAUACUGGUGCAGCGGAACACAUUGGAAUUUCUUCUACUUGGUUUCCCCAUGCACACCAAUCUUCUGACCAAACCUGACCUGAUAAAAUUAGUUACCAAUGGCUUAAACACCAUAUUAAGACGUGAUAUGUCGCUGAACCGACGAUUGUACUCGUGGCUGCUGGGAAGUGAAGUGUCAAACCAACAGAAACGUUUAGCACCCGCAGUGACGACCGAUUCACCAGAAGUAUCGAACAAAUCGUAUUUCGAUCAAUAUUCCAAGGAUGUUUUAAUCGAAGCGAUCAAAUGCACCUUGAAAAUCAGCCUCCAGUACACACCAGUUGACUUGAAGCCAUAUAGAAUAAUGGUGUCAUUGUUGGACAAGGUUGAAAUCGGACCGGUUAUUUUGGAUCAUGUGAUGUGCGACGUUAUUCGAACCAUGUCACUAUCGCACGGCAACAUUGAGGUGACGAAAUCAGCAAAUCUUCUGUUCGCCACAUUUGAUCCAUCCUACAUCUGGAAUUUCAUGACAACAACGUACGAAAAGUCAUGCAAAACCGUUUCCGAAGCAUCAAAUCUGGCUAAGAAUCUAAACGCUUCGAACGCGGCACAAGAAACGCUUUCUAGAGUCGGUUCCGGCGAUCCCAGUCUGUGCGAGGUGUGUCACCUUACCGAAUUUUUGUUGGAAACGAUAUCGCUGGAAAUGUACAAUGAAACGACGCGAGUCUAUCUUCCACGGGUGUUUCUGUCGGUGGUGAAGAUCCUUACCGCAUAUUCAGAUUGUUUGACAUCCGACGAAGUAGCAGCGUCUUUGAAGUUGUGCAUUAAAAUAGUUUCUCGUGUGCAGCCGACAAUAACUAGUCCGACAAAAUUGAAGUUGUCCUCUUCUUCGAAAAGGCCGUGUUCGGAAGACGUAACAAAGACAACCAAUUCUGAAGGACUGACAUCGUUGGAGAAAAGCAAAUCUGAUUCGAAAUUAAAUCAGGCCACUCACGACGACGAACCAAUCCGUAGAUCCAAUUCCAAUCAAAAUAUCAUCAAAAGGAGUCCAAAGAAAACGAAAAAGUCCAAAUCUUAUUCGAAAUUGUUGGAAUUGGAUAAAGAUAUAUCGGAUAGCAUUGAAAAUAUUCCAUCAGCCGGAUCGACACCAGACCUCGAUAGUCGAAAUAAAAAGUCAAAAACCAAACGAUUCUCGCCGAGCAUGAAGCUACGCAAUCUGAAGGGCAAAAGUGCAUCCGAUUUGAAAAUAGAAGAGGACAACUUUGAGUCAUUGGAUUCGGUUCACCAGGACAAGGAUCACGUUGACAAGAAUGCCGACCCGAAUGCUGCCGAGUUUCAAGAGACCAGCAUCCAGGAAUAUUCGAUCAUCGAAAAAUGCAUCAAGCAGUACGAGGCAUUUUUCCAGAUUUAUUUUUCCCGACAAAUCCUGCACAUACAUUCAAAUACCACAACCAAACCGUCCUGUUCGGUGACGAUAAAUUUAACGAACGGUUCUAGUCAAAAUGGUUCGAUAACAUCCAAUGAAGAUAUAAUCGAGGACAAUUGCCAGAGUGAUAAAAUUGAUAAAAUGUUCGACACACUGAAAGUGAACGAUUUGAGCCGAACGACAAUGUUGCACAAUCUGUUGCAUAAGACAAUAUCGAAACCGGCGGCUGCGUCCAGUGACACAAGUGAUUACGACUAUAAAGAAUGUAUGUCGGACAGUGAUAAAUAUGGAAGUGCUGAGAGUGUACAGUCGAGGAAGACCAUCGACGAGAAUACCGAAGCAUCAAUCAAACAGUUAAUGAAUCUACGAUUAGGUCAUUCCUUAAGAAGUGCUGUGAAACUGGCGUCCAGUUUACUGAUGGAGAUGUCUACCUUCCCUAGUUAUAAUCAGAAUUUGGGAAUUGACGAUUCGGUAUUACUGCCACCCGUUUGGUUGAAAGUGUUGGUUUUGAUAGCAUGCUACUGUAAGUCUGACAGAGAACUACAACUGGCAACUGUAUCAACAUUGUUCGAAUUGAUUAGCUUACUGAAGUCACAAUUGGAACAUUCGUCGAGUCCAGGUGUGACCUAUGUGGUGAUGAUACCUUUAUUGAAAUUCGGACACAUCAACUAUCUGGAAUUGAAAACAAGGGUUGUUCAGGUCAUAACAUCAACACUUUGGGACAUCCUUGGGGACCAAACAAUAGAUCCGUAUCAGACCACAUCACUUCUGUAUCAGCUACACAAUUGCUUAUCAAGCGGUAUCGUCGAAACUAUCGUCAGUCAUCGCAUUGGUAACUCGCACGUUGAAUGGUCGGAUGUUGAGUAUGUCGAUUUGAACAGCAGCAGCCCUACCGUAAUUAACCUAGAGCCUCGAAGAGUUGAUCGCAUCUCACGAUAUAAGAUGGAGCGACUGAGUGAUAUGAAAAUAAUGUGUACUCCACCGCCGCAAACCAUAUUCGACUGUAACGAAUCGCUAACCGAAUGUGAAUCCGAUCGAUUCAAGAAAUUCGAACUACUGUGGGAACAUGGACGAGAAACACACAAUGCAAAGGGCUUCGAAGGCAUAUUGUUGAAAGUGUUGGACCAGCUGGCAUUACCAUACCAUUUGUCAAUUCGAACGUUUGUGACGAAAUGGUUACAAGAGUCACUGUUGCAUGGCGAUUUGAGUCGUUUGAUUCGCCCGUUGCUUAAGAUAAUGUUGGGUGCAAGCACCAAACGGAUCAGUGUCGUCCAUGCACAUUUAAUCAAACGUGACACGGACGACAAUGUCAGCGAUUCACUGUAUGAUCGGUCGGAUGAAAUGGAUGGUGAAAACGUAGCUGAUAAGGAUGUGUACGCAAUUAGUUCGGAAGAUGGCAACAUUAAGUAUCACAUCGAGAUGGCUCGUUCGAAAAAGCGUAGCCCAAUCAGAUCGUUGCAGAAGAAAUUCUUUGGCGUCACGAUUGGAAACAAAAACAAAACGUCGAACUACAUCAGCGACAAGUCAUCAUUACCAUCGGAAAGUGCUAGCAACAUCUCGUUGAUCGUUAAUCCCCUUGACAACUCAACCGAUUUUGAUGCUGUGUUCGAAGCUGGUGAUUCAGAGAACUGUUCUCUAACGUGCAGUGGAAGUGCCUCUACUAAAGUCGAAUUGAACAGCAACGAGGCAUGCCAGAAUCAACCACCGGCCCUGAAAGAAGGUUACUAUUCGUCGUGCGAAGAAGAAACGGAUGAAAGUUAUAGUGAGACCGAGUCGGACCGCCAUGAAGAAAGUGUGGAACGAGAUAAUCCCAUUCAAACGUCAUCUGAUAUCAAACGAUUUUCAGGAGACUGCGACCGAGUGGUAGACCAACUUACCGAACAUGAUCGAACGAAGAACAGAAAGACAUACCAGGUAACAAAGAGUGGCUCACGGGUAAUCGAAAAAAUCGAAAUGUCGCUGGCGGAAGUUAGUGAAGGCAUUGACAUAUGUUUGGAAGAAUCAACUCCGGCUGAGGAUUAUUUCAGCCACUCAUCAUCUAGUGCUGGCGGUGUGGAACACUUAGCGAUCGACAUACUUGAUCACGCAACUGAUAAAUGUGAUGACGACGAUUACGUUAGGCAAUCGAAAUCGUUGCCGAACAUCGAGGAAACGAAAUCAAUUUUGCGUGAUUCGUCCAAACGGUACAGUUGCACGUCGAAGACGUCGAGCGAUAGUACACAGAGCCGAGAGAAAAGUCAAAGUGUUGAACCGGAAUCGUUGAGUUUAUGUGAUAGUGAAUUAACAGAAGAGAAAAUGGGACAGCUGGACAGCAUUGAUGGAGCGAGAGAAGAAAAUCGACAGAGUGAAGAAAUCUCUCAGCAGAAACUGAAUUGGCAGAAGGCGGAGGGAACGUUUGAAAUCAGCAAGAAAAAUGUCGAAAUAUUGCGGAAGAAUGCUGAGAUGCAGGGAAAUGUCAAAUUUCUUCCGCGUAAGAUCUCACAAGACCGCAAAAGACAUUUCGAUCGAUUGCAUCCAUUUCAUACGCACAUGCUUUUGUAUUACGGUGUCUAUGACACCAAGCAAGUACUGUAUGCAUUCCAGACGCUACGGAAUGUAAUUGCGAGCGACUGUAGAACGUUUCUGUGUCUGUCGAUAACGUCAUCAAUGUCGAGUAGUCCAAUGAAACAGUUGUUGGUUCGUCAUCGUAAAAGUAUUUUCGGGAAAGGAUUCUCCGGUAGCAUUCUCAACAGCGAAUUCAACAAUGUGUAUCGUGGUUGUAUGUACCUGGAAGUGUUAGUCACAGUUUGCCUCUACUACGCUCGAAGCUUCUUUCAAAAGGAAGCGGCCGACAUCAGUAAAUUGCCCACAUCCGAUGACAUAAAUGGAAAUUGCAAGAUUCAACUAGCCAGCAUUGAACUGCUGACAAUGAUUUGCACUGAACUCAUAUCGAUUGUCAAGGAUAUGGGAAAAGGAUUGGCUUGCUAUAUUUCCGACUUGAUGGGAAAGUGUAAAUUGCAGAAAAUUCUAUUGCACUGCCUCAUCUCAUGCGUGCAUUCAUUUCAUAGUAAAAGUGACCUAACAUUCACAGAGAGCAUACUAUCGUUCAACGAGCAAGGUGAUGAUAAGAUGCAUGUAGAAUCCGUUCAAGUGCAAUUGCUCCGGCUGCUUCUGAGUGUGAUAAAGUUGGAAUUCGAGGUGACCUGUCAAAAGGGCGAGGAGUCCAUCAAGUCUGUGAUGACUCAAGAUGGAAGUUCCAGUUCACCGACUCGUGUGAGUCCCAGCACUCCGACAAAUGUCAAAUAUCUACCUAACUGUCCAAUAAGUCAACAACCUAUGUUCCUGUCGGCCGUACUAAAAGCGUUGCAAUCGGAUCACUUACGUCAUUUGCAUAGAAAUUGGACCGAUGUGAUUACAUCCUCACUUAAUUGCUUCGCCUUUGGCAGCUUAACAAACAUUGUGAUCAGUGUGAUUCAUCAAAUUUGUGCGAAUAUCGACCAAAUUGCCCGCUCACAACAGACUUCUUACAUUCCACCUGAAUAUGCGGUCACACAACUCGAAGCGGUCACAGUUCUUUCACAUUAUUGCCUUUUGGAUAACACUCAACAGACGUCGCUUACACAUCUUUUCAAUCAAACGUACCCGCAGAUAAGCACAUCCGCUCAAAGUUCCAACACUGGACAACUUUUGAAUAACAUCGUGCACGCUAUACUCUCCACACCCCAAUCAAACGAGAUCCAGAGCAGAAACGCUCAAAUUAUGGCCGCAAGGAAUGCCGUUCUUAGUCAUUUACCAGUCAUUGUAGCUAGUGUUGCUCGAUUGUGGGAUACCCAAAUUGGUCAAACGAGGCAAGUGAAGCAACAGCUUUUGGAGUUUUUGAGUCCAAUCUCACUACACCACGGCAUCAAUUUUCUGGCCGCUGUUUCCGUUACAUGGCAAGAAAGGGCAGAUAAUACACGACGAGAUAGCGAUCCCAUUUUGAUGGCAUCUCGACAGAACUCCGGAACUGACAUCACCAACAUGUACUUGCCUCAAGCCUGUGCAAAUCAACUUAGCCUCGUUAAAUUGGUAUCGAAUAUCCGUGUGAUGCCGAUGGAUUCAUUUGUUCAGACACUUCAUAGCGUUGUCAAAUCACCUCCCAACAUCCAUCAUCCACCAAUCGGCCUCAGCAUCGAAGUGAGUGCAUUGGAAUUGUUCUACUUCUAUAUGAAGCAAGCCCCCGGUGCGCAACUUAGUGAUUGUUGGAGCUCAUUGCUGGCACUACUUCGUGAUGGAAUCAGCCUCAUAGCACCAGCACAAUUUGUGAUAUUAGUGAUUUUGAACGAAUUCGUUCAACGGUGUCCGCAGAUGCCCUUCCAAGAUCGUAAAGAUUUGCGAGAUUUGCACGACGUAACAUCACGUUUGGUUGAAGCGUUGUCAAAUGUUGCCGGUGCUAGACUGGAACAAACGACUUGGUUGCGCCGAAAUUUUACCGUCAAAGAAGACAUUCCGCACUCGUUUGUAGACGGAUUUAAAGAGACCACACCCAACGUGGGAAAUCAGCAGUAUUCGGUGCAGGCACAGUCGGUGAUGGCAGCAGUUCUGGCCAAUUUACUGGACGUGGCCUACGGUUCACAGGAAAAAGAUAAAGUGGUGACUAUUGUAACCACUCUGAUGGGCAACAUCACGCCGUAUUUGAAAAACCACACCGUCAGAAAUAUUCCGUCGUUCUACGCAUGCUCUCAAUUGCUUGCUAGUCUCAGCGGUUUUCAGUAUACGCGGAAAGCUUGGCGCAAGGACAUGUUUGAUUUGGUGCUCGAUCCGACAUUUUUCCAAAUGGACGUCUCAUGUUUGCCAUUUUGGAAGUCCAUAUUAGAUAGCUUAAUGACCUAUGACAAUACAACAUUCCGCGAAUUGAUGGGAAGAGUAUCACUAACACAAGCUGGUGGUCUCAACAUAUUCACGUCACGCGAACAGGAAUACGAACAACGGGCAUUGCUGCUGAAACGUUUAGCUUUUGUGAUAUUUUGUAGUGAAUUGGAUCAGUACCACAAAUAUAUGCCCGAAAUUCAAGAACAACUAGCCAACAGUUUAAGACUGCCAUCUGUUGCUCCUGCGGUUCAAGCGUCUGUAUUUUUAUGUUUUCGUGUAUUAUUGCUGAGAAUGUCUCCAGACCAUGUAACAUCUUUGUGGCCGACAAUCAUUGCUGAGAUGGUUCAGGUGUUUUUGGCCAUGGAACAGGAGUUAAAGGCCGACAGUGAGGAAUUAAGAACCCAAACUCAAAGUCAACAAAUUCGCGUACUGGCUGGUAUCGAUGCGCCCUGGGCUAACGGUGUAUUGAAUCAACAUCACCUUCUCAAUUGGCGAUCCGUUCAAUUGGAAACGGCAAAAUUAUUGGAGCUUGGAUGCGUGUUGCCGGCUACAAAUCUGCCACAUUUUCAAAUGUACCGUUGGGCAUUCGUUGGAAGUCAAAAUGAUUGUCCAGUCGGCGAUUCAAUAAAUGGUAUCCAAGAUAUUCAAUUGUCGUCAUCCAUUUUUAUACCGCACGUGCGAAGAAUUUCCUGUUUAAUGGACCUUCGAUUCACCUCUCACUCACCGGCUGCUAACGCAAACAAGGGUCAUUAUCUGACACUGACUUGUCAAAGCAUAAACAAUCUUCAAGAUUUGUACAGCUUCUUUUCAACGUUGGGUGCUAUUUGGCCACCACACAAUUUCGAUACGGCCGAAAAGGAGGUGACAAAUUGUCUAGCCGAAAUUGAACAGGUUCUGGCCAAUGACUUUCUGGAAAAGAUGCCAUCAAACAUAUCAGCAAGAUGAAAAAUAGUCGAUAAUAAACAGUCUCCAUAUUUUGUGUAACUAACGAUUUGUGUUCGGGGUUGUUCAAUGUUUAUUAUCUCGAUCCCGAUUAAUUUGAAUUGUUUCUUCCUGUGUAAGCGUAUUGAUAAUGGACAGUUCAAAUUAAUGUUAAUGCAGAAAAAUUGAAAAAGUAAGAGGCAAAAAAACGAACUUCGUUCAUGAAUAUAUUCAUAAAAAUUGAUUGCGUUGCACUCACAAUUAAUAAAUUUAGUCUGAUUUAAGUUGCAAUUAUUUUACAAGCAGAUGACACUCCUACUGAUAAAGUGAAUUUAAUUUAAAU